GGCGGGAACACGACGGGGGAGGAUUGAACGAGGAAGAGCUUUGGGGCUUUUUAUUUAUUUAUUUAUUUAUUUAUUUUUUUUUCGGCUUCCUCCAUGUAAGGGAGCCUUCGAGUCCUUCUCUCCAGCACCGGCCAUCGGUGUGCAGCCCACGCAUGGAACCAUGGCAUACAGGGUGAUAGCCUUCAGCGGGCUUCCGCCUCGGAGUGCUCUCAACUGGGAUGAAUCGGAGCUCCUUCAACCACCGCUACCUCCCUUCUACCAGCCUAGAUCGCUAGAAGGAGAAGGACUAAAUUCACAGGCCCGAUGGCGAUCGCUCGCCCCAAUCAAAAUUCCUUCUUUUAUGUCUCCGACGUACGGAGCAUCUUUCUUUACAAUGGGAACAAUUCAGAGGUACAGCGGAGACUCCGUGAGCUUGGACGUUGACGAGAGCACGUUGUCGGAGUUCUACGAUCAGUCGUUCGCUCUCCAUGAGGGAACGCAUCACUCUUUUACGAGUGUUACAAAGUCGUUUACAGACGACUCCGAGCUUACUCCAAGCUUCGAAGGUGAAAGCCUCGAUUACUCGAUGUCCAAGCUUUCACAGUCCAAGGUCAACCAGCAGAACUUCGAGGGUCAACCUGUUUAUGGACACCUGAUUGACGUCGAAGAUAUCCCUAGCGCGAUGUACCUACAGUCCUUAGCUCCACGGAAAGUCAUUGUGAGCCUGGUCGUUGCCAUAAUCAACAUUCAGCCGCGGCGCCGCGUCCAGACACGAUGGGGUCGUGAGAUGGACAUUGUGGAGCUGUUGGUGGGCGACGAGACGAAGGCUGGGUUUCGCGUGAGUUGCUGGGUGCCGCCGUCGACAGAGGACACAAGGACUGUCACUGCGAAUUCGUUGGAGCAGUCGCUCACGGCGUUGCGACUGCGUGACAUAAUUCUGCUGCGUCACAUCGUCCUGGGGUCCUUUCGCGGGCAAGUCUAUGGCCAGAGUUUACGGCAGAACAUGACGAAGGUUGAUGUUUUGGAUCGCGAGGAUGCGGGAGUUGGUCAAACCGAUCGUCCGGGGGAGGCGAACAGGUCGGGUCCGCAUGCGCUGAAGAUCCGCGAGGUGAGGCGCUGGAUGCGGAAGUUCGUCACUCCGGGGGCGGCCGGGAGGGAGGAUGUGAACAAUUUUUUGUUUGUCGCGCCGGCAGGAACCGUCCAGCUUCCACCUGAUACUCAAGAGUGAGCAAUGCGCGGCGUGCUCUGCAGAUAGCGAUAAUAAUUCUUAAUCGGCAGUUCGCUGGUCACGUUAGACCAAAAAGUCGUCCUGCUUUUGGGCGUUUAUUUUUAUUAUUAUUUUUUUAAUUUAUUUAUUUAUUUAUUUAUUUAUUUUAUUUUCAUUUUUGUUUUCGUCGUUUGGGCUAUCCCUCCUCUUAGUUCAUUGAUUAUCCCGAAUGAUUUUCCUGAGCGAGCCGUGAUUUGCAGGAAGGAUGCGAGAUGGGCGUUUUGCAGUGUCGCAUCGAUGCUGGGAGGGGUCGUGCUUUUAUGCGAUCGAAGGAAUGGCAAGACGUUGGCUCGCCACGACACGGGAUGUUUAAAUACGGAUCAUCACCACCAUCAUCACAUUGUAUUCUCCGGGUGCUAUGAUGCUCAUAUAAUUGGAGGUGCUCUCAACUCUCCCUGGUGACGUGGCUUUCCAGGCAAUUUCUUACGGUUGCAUUUCCGUUCCUUGGGAGAAGAGCCCCAUCUUUCUCCAUUUUCUCCAUCAAAUCAUUGCUCUUGUGCCGAUCUUGGUUAAAUCAGAUGAUCCAUCAAGCUCC